AUGUCUCAAGGAAGACCAAAAAGAAGCAACUUGUGGUUUCAUUUUAAGGAAGGGACAAACGAAGCUGUUUGCAAUUAUUUUUCGACGAAAUUAAGUACAAAAUGUGGUUCUCUAGGAAAUCUAAAAAGACAUAUGGCCACGAAGCACCCGACCAUAUCUUUGAAUAUAGUACGGCAGCCUUCUGCUCUUGUAGAAAAUCCACAAGACAGCAUAAUAAUAAGGCAAAAUCCAAACUCAGACACACCAGCUAUAUUUAGGCAGCCGCUGAGUGGGCCAUCAAUUACGAACUUCAUUCGGCGACCACCAUCUUCGCGAAAGACCGAACAAAUUGAUAGGCAAAUGGUAGCUAUGGUGACUAAGGGUCACCAUUCAUUAAGAAUAGUAGAGGAACCAGAAUUUAAAAAACUUAUUGACUUAGUCUCUACCUGCCCGGGAUACCAACUUCCAACAAGAAAAACUUUAUCACAGGCGCUCAUACCCAAAUUGUACACAGAGGUUUAUGAUUCUUGUUUCCAUAAUUUAAAAGAAGCCUACGCAGUGUGCCUUUGCACUGACGGAUAG